AUGUUACGUCUCCUCUUCCUUAUCCUACUCGUAUUCAUCUAUGUCAGCAACGCGAUUUUUGGCAUUAAUUACGAGUUUCUCAUUCCGUUCGGGUUGCUUAGCAGCUUGCGUAGCCGAUAUCACAAUGACUACCAUCACAACCAUCAUCACGGUUUACACAGUCAAGGUGUGAAGGGGCGCAGAUCACAAGGGCCACAUAAAAGCUUAUCGUCGCUCUACCGAAGAAUGCGAAGUAAUUGGAGACGCCACUUAGACUUCCAAGAGCAUGAAGAUCCGCAUAUUCUUCUCUUCUUCUCUCGCCGUCGGCACCAGUUCUUAAAGGAUUGGACGGAAUAA